AUGAGGAAAUACGGCUGGAACAGUUUCAAGAACUUAAUCUUCAGUAAUCCUGCUGUUGUUAACCAGCAGGAUCCACAUGUGGAUGAUGGUGAUGAGAAUCCUGAACGUGGGAACUGGAAUAGUAAGAGGGAGUAUAUCCUCUCCACGAUUGGUUAUGCUGUUGGACUGGGAAAUAUCUGGAGGUUUCCAUACUUGGCCUACAAGAAUGGAGGGGGGGCCUUUCUCGUACCCUAUUUUGUGAUGCUUGUGGUGGCUGGAAUUCCUCUUUUCUUUCUUGAAAGUGCCUUCGGGCAAUUCUGCAGUCAAGGUCCAGUCAACAUAUGGAGAGCAGUGCCAAUACUGCAGGGUGUUGGUGUUGCCAUGGUUAUGGUCACUUUAAUAGUGUCCAUCUACUACAACGUCAUCCUCGCCUACAGCAUGUACUACAUGUUUGCCUCCUUCCAGUCUCCUCUACCGUGGUCCAGCUGCCUCACCGGGGUUGACAGUAACUGCACUGACACACCUACAGUGGGAAACUGUACUCAGGAAAACAGCACCUGUCCCUCAUCCAACAUGAUCACAGUACGAAUGCAGAGCCCGAGUGAGCAGUACUGGGAUCAUGUGGCUCUGCAGAGAUCUAGUGGUCUAGAUGAAACAGGACCAGUAGUUUGGCACUUGGCUCUCUGUCUGCUGCUGAGCUCCAUGCUUGUUGCUGCAGCGCUCAUCAGAGGUAUCAAGUCAUCUGGCAAAGUUGUGUAUUUCACAGCUACAUUCCCUUAUGUAGUGAUUGUAAUCCUGCUGAUCAGAGGUGUGACACUGGAGGGAGCUAAAGACGGGAUCGAGUUCUACAUUGGCUCCCAAUCCAACUGGACUAAACUGACUGAGGCAGAAAUCUGGAAAGACGCUGCAACUCAGACCUUCUACUCUCUGUCUAUUGCCUGGGGUGGAGUCAUGACUCUAUCUUCCUAUAACAACUUUAACAACAAUAUGUUCAAGGACUCAUUUGUUGUAACACUUACUAAUGCUGGCACCAGUGUUUUUGCAGGCUUUGCCAUAUUUUCAAUUUUGGGUCACAUGGCUCACAUCUACAAAAUGCCUGUUGGAGAAGUGGUGAAGCAAGGAUUUGGCCUGGCAUUCAUUGCAUAUCCAGAUGCUCUUUCUAAGCUUCCCAUUUCCCCUCUGUGGUCCAUUUUGUUCUUUUUCAUGCUUUUGACUGUUGGGCUAGACUCCCAGUUUGCAGGAAUAGAGGUGAUUGCAACCUGCCUGAUUGAUGCUUUCCCAAAAAUCUUCAAAUCCAAACGUACCUUAGUGACCACAACAACCUGUGUCAUCCUCUAUCUCCUGGGCCUGCCAUGUGUCACGAGGGCAGGAAUAUACUGGGUGACUCUAAUCGACGACUUUGUUGCCAGCUGGGUGCUACUAGUUUUGGCUGUCUUGGAGAUUAUUGGUGUCUCCUACAUAUAUGGAGGAAACCGUUUUAUCAAAGACAUUGAGAUGAUGAUUGGAACUAGGAGUUUCAGAUUCUGGUUGUGGUGGAGAAUGUGUUGGUUCUUCAUCACCCCUUGCAUCAUAGUGGUGAUCCUGAUCUGGUCUGUGAUAACCUUCAAACCCAAGUCCUAUGCAGAAGUCCCGUACCCGGACUGGGGCUUGGCUAUGGGCUGGUGCAUGGUUGCUUUCAUCCUCCUCUGGAUCCCUGUUAUCGCUGUGUAUAAGAUGACGAGAGCAGAGGGAAGUCCCUGGAAGCGUCUGAAGUCUUUGUGCUCUCCCUCUGAAAAAUGGCAUCCUUACCUGGACAUCCAUCGCACAGGGCGCUACGCAGAAGAACGCUGCCACCGCAUGAAGAAUCGCAGCAAGAAACCAGACACAAAUGUAAAUGUGAUCUCCAGCUCAUGGCUCUGA